ACGGAGCCUUGUCCCUGCCAUCGCCACUGUCGCACUGCAUCCUGUGCAAAGCAAACAAUGCGACGGAAGGUUCAGAACGCUGCUUCGCGACAGCGACCGGUAUCCUGCCAGUUCUGCCGCGCCAGAAAGCUGAAAUGUAAUCGCCAACUACCCUGUGGGAAUUGCAUCAGCCGUGGAAUCGCGUGUCAGCUGUAUUCGCAGCCGUCGACUGGCGAGUCGGUGACGGAUCCGCAUAUCCUCGAGCGCCUGCGAAGGCUGGAGGAUAUCGUGAUGCGCAGCCAAAGCCAGAGACAAACAUCCCUGGUUGCAGAUGUGGUUACUCAGACGCCAUAUUCGGAUCCUCGGUAUCACCAGGCGACUACGGAGGUGAAACGUCUCGAGCAGGAGUGUAUGCGCCAGGACCUUUCGGAAACGAUCCACCCAGGUGGUGUCACCUUCAAGAUAUGUCCCAUUCAGCCAGGAGUGAGCGCUACAGUCGCUAUCAGUAACAGCGGUUCCUGUCUCGGUGAAGCUGAGAGCGUCAGACGCCCGUUUUGCCUGCCACACAUCGACGAGGCAAGACGACUGCUCGACAAGUACAUCCGCGACAUUACCUAUCUCCACCAUGUGGUUCACAUCCCUACGCUGCGUGCCGUAGUGGACGGCAUCUAUGAAGACAUCGGCAGCCUCAAACAGCCAACACCAAGCCAUGUGGUGCUCCUGUACAGCAUCGUAGCUAGCGCGAUUUACUCGUGGACCGAGCAGGACGUAGACCUACCAUUCUGUCGCAAUGGCGAAGACGCGACCAAGAUGUCUGCAUUAUGGGUCAAGUCGACCCUGGACUUGCUGGACUACCUGCGUCGUGCAUCCUCGAAGUCCCUAGAAGAGAUCCAGGCCAUCAUCAUCGCCUCUUUCGUUGUCUGUCACCUCGAAGGCCCGUCACCUCGAUACCGAGAUCUGAUAACAUCAGCUAUCGCGACAGCACGAGAAUUGGGCCUUCACAAAAUCGAUCUUCCCCACGACCCUGACGCCACCAGCAAGAGCCCCAGAGACCCAGUAGCGACUGAAGUCGCCCGACGGGUGUGGUGGUAUCUUGUGUCGACAGACUGGAUGUUCUCGCAAUACACCGGCCCCUUAAAAGGAACCUACAGCAUCAGCCCGCGACACAUGGCAGUCAACAAGCCCCUCAACAUCGACGACGAGGAUCUCCAUCCCAGCAUGCCCACCACAGCGGCGCCACUGAACCAUCCCACGAACAUCUCCUACAACCUCCAACGCAUCCACCUCGCCGAGAUCUGCAGAGAACUGACCGACAGCACACCCCUCACCUCAGGCGCUGUCGAAUACGCCCAGGUCUUGAAAUUCGACCGCAGCAUCAUCGGCUUCACCGCUCAGUGGCCGUCCUUCUUCCGCCUCGACGAACACACACUCAACAAGCCAGCCUACAACGCCCCAGCCACCGCUACCCAGCGAUACAUCCUCAACUCCAUCGUCCCCUCCCAGCGCUGCCGUCUCCAUCUCCCAUACCUCGCUCGCGCAGCGACAGACCCCACCUACGCCUACUCCCGAGACGCGUGUCUCGAAGCCGCCAGACACGUUCUUCGCACGGAGCGACUUCUCGCGAGGGAGGAGACCUUGCCGUUCGUGAGGAUGCGACAGCGCCACGCCGGUACUCUGCUGUGUCUCUGCAUCGCCAUCAUCGCGCUGUUGGCGGAUAACUGCUUCUGUCGGGGCCGGGGGACGGAGAGCGAUGCAGACCGCAGGGCUGAGCUGGCUGAUGCGUGUGCGAUUCUGGACCGCGCGAAGAAGGAAUCGCCGAUUGCUGGGCGCUUGCUGGGGUAUUUCAUGCGGGUCAUGCGUGAGCAUAAUGUGCGACUGCCGGUGAGGAUGGAGGAUGAGCUACCUGCAGGAAGGGAGAGGACGGAGAGUGUGGCGAUGGGUUCGACCGUGGAGGAAGUGCCGGGUGCACCGGAUGUGUCGGAUCAGCUGGCUCAAUGGGAGGAGAUCUGGCCAUGGGAUGGAUUGGAUACGGAGUUGGAUUGGGAUGCGAUUAUUUCGGGGCUGGGGCCGUUGAUCUGACCACCCUAGUCUAU